AUGUCAUCAUCAAAUAUCAAUAUAAUUGACGAUAAUGAAAUUUUAUCUGAAAAACUCGGUUUUCAACUUGAGAAAAUUGUUUUACAAUUAAUAAAUACGAAACAAUUAAUCACAAUUGGUUUAUCCGGUGGAUCAUUGAUUGAUUUAUUAGCAACAAAUCUUCCUCGGUUACAAUUACCAUGGGCUCGUCUUCGAUUCUUUUUCGUUGAUGAACGAUUCGUUCCAUUUACAUCCAACGAUUCAACGUAUGCAAGUUAUCAAGCAAAACUAUUUCGCAAGUUACCAUUAACUGAAAAAAAUGUUAUUAAAAUCGAUCCAGAUGCAACAUCUGUCGAACAAUGUGCACAAGAUUACGAAAAUAAACUAUUAGAAACAUUGAACGAAGAUGACAAAUCAUUUGAUAUUCUAUUACUUGGUAUGGGACCUGAUGGACAUACGGCAAGUCUUUUUCCUGAUCAUCCAGGUUUGAAAAUUGAACAAGGUUUGGUCAUAUCGAUUAAGGAUUCGCCAAAACCGCCACCGGAACGUGUGACAUUAACAUUGAAUACGAUAAAUCAAGCAAAAUACAAGAUUGUUGUCGCGACGGGUGAAAGUAAAUCAACAAUUGUGAAAGAAGUUUUACAAGAUAAAAGUACGAAAUAUCCAAUUGGUCAAGUCAAAGAUCUCAUUUGGUAUUUGGAUAAAGCCGCUGGAUCAAAAUUAUAA